UAUUACAGAAAUUAGUAAUUACAUUUUACAAUGUCUCAAAAGUUCAGUGUUUUGUGUUUAUAUUUAUCUGACUGAAAAUAUAAUUACUUUUACAAUUCAAUUUAAAUUUUAAUCAGAGUUUUCUUGUAUAGUAGUUUUUCCUUUUAAUAUUCUAUAUUUGAAUCGAAGAAAUGAAUAGUUCCUGUUUAACCAAAACCGAAACCAAGUCCCCUUUUUUAAUUGGAGUGGCUGGUGGAACUGCAUGUGGAAAAUCCACCGUUUGCAAGAAUAUUAUAGAGAAAUUGGGGCAAACCAAUUUAGAUGAAACAAGAAGGCAAGUAGUAUCGAUCAGUCAAGACAGCUUUUACAGAGAAUUAAAUGCUGCGGAAAAAAUCAAAGCUUCUAAAGGACAAUUCAAUUUUGAUCACCCUGAUGCAUUUGACGAAGUCUUCAUGUUUCAAACUUUGACUGAUAUUCAAGCAGGAAAGACCUGUACUAUUCCAGUUUACAACUAUAAAACAAAUUCUAGGAGUAAGAAUGAGAAUAUAAUCAUCUAUCCUGCUGAUGUUGUGAUUGUUGAAGGCAUAUUAGCGUUUUAUUUUCCCGCAAUAAGAGAUCUAUUUCAUAUGAAAUUAUUUGUCGAUACAGAUUCAGAUACUAGAUUAGCCAGAAGAGUUCCUAGAGAUAUCAAUGAAAGAGGCAGAGAUUUAGAACAAGUACUAAAUCAAUAUAUGAAUUUUGUAAAGCCUGCUUUUGAAGAAUUUUGUUUACCAACUAAAAAAUUUGCGGAUAUUAUCAUACCAAGGGGAGCAGAAAAUUUCGUGGCUAUUGAUUUGAUUGUUCAGCAUAUACGAGAUUUAUUAAAUAGUGAACAUUGUACUCAAUAUGAACUUUCAGAAGGAUUAGUAGCAGUACACACAAAUAAUGUUAAUGCAUCUAGACUACAUUAAUCUAACCUAAUGUAAAAUUAUUUAUAACAAAAUUAAUCUACAUUUUUUUUACAUUAUAAGAACAAAACAAAAUGUAUGUAACUAUGAGUGAAUAAAAUUAUUAACAUUAUUUUAAAAA